AUGGAUGAUCAGGAAGAACCACCUCCUAUAAAGCCAUCUUUUGUGGACAGUCUACCAUGUGAUGAGCUUAGCACCCAUGCACAGCUUCUUCAUCAUAAAGGUGCAAUAACGGAAUCAUUGCUGAAAUGUUUACAAGAUCCGGCUUGCAAAUCUAUACCUGCCUUUUGUGAGCUGACGUUAGCUCUAGCACGUGAUUUAAAGGAAGAUUUUGCUGAUGAUAUGUGGGAUUUCUUUGGAGCGCUCACGAAUAUUCUCGAUCUUGGAGAACGAGAGGUCGAAUCGGUUGAAGCUGCUUUUUAUUGUCUGUCUUUCAUGGUGAAGGUGAUGUGGAGAAGAUAUGGUUCAAAUAUUUUAUCAGCGUUUUCUACUCAUCCUGUACAAUUUGCUUUUUUAUUCAUUGCUCUUGUCUGA